AAAAGUGCUCAUCUAGUGGAGUGGAGGGACCAACCUGAGAGGAAUAUCCAUGUCUGUGUGUGGACUUUUCCCGCCUAAAUAUCCUGAGAAAAACAACAAAAGAUAAUAAUAAUUAUUCCACAGAAAUCUUCAGUUUUAUAAGAAGGAUAUAAAAUGGCAAUGAAGCUCCUGAAGUUCAACUCAACAGUCUCCUCUGUUCCACUCCCUACUCUGGAGAACUUUGAGAAUAUUUCACUGGACUCGAGUUUUUAUCAUCAGCUGCCCGGCCCCAACAUCACCUAUGUGGACUUCUACCUUCACGAGCCCUCAGUUUCAGCCAUCUUCAUCGUGUCCUACCUCCUGAUCUUUGUUGUGUGUAUGGUAGGGAAUGGGUUGGUGUGCUUCAUUGUGCUGAGGAGUAAAAGCAUGCGCACCGUCACCAACCUGUUCAUCCUCAACCUGGCCAUCAGUGACCUGCUGGUUGGCAUCUUCUGCAUGCCCACCACCCUGGUGGAUAACAUUAUUACAGGUUGGCCGUUUGGAAGUUUGGUGUGUAAGUUGAGUGGGAUGGUGCAGGGAAUAUCAGUGUCUGCUUCAGUCUUCACUCUGGUAGUCAUUGCUGUAGACAGGUUCCGCUGCAUCGUCUAUCCUUUCAAGCAGAAGCUCACCAUCUCCACCUCCACUGUCAUCAUCGUGAUCAUCUGGGUGUUAGCCAUCUCCAUCAUGUGCCCCUCAGGCGUCAUGCUGCAGGUCACCAAAGAGAGCCGAGUCUCCAUCCUGCUGGGUGAAAGCAAUGCCACUCGUCCCUUUUACUGGUGCCGUGAGAACUGGCCCAGUCAGGAGAUGCGGAAGAUCUACACCACUGUCCUGUUCGCCAACAUCUACCUGGCUCCCCUGACCCUUAUUGUCAUCAUGUACGCUCGCAUCGGGAUUACGCUCUUCAAGACGGCCGUUCCUGUUCCGACUCGCGCCGGGGGCUCCGAUUCCGGCACUGGAUCGGGCUCUGGAAAAGAGGGCGGAUAUGAAGGCAGAGGUCACACGGUGUCUCGUAAAAAGAAGCGCGUGAUUAAGAUGUUGUUAGUUGUGGCUCUGCUCUUCAUCCUGUCCUGGCUGCCUCUGUGGACGCUGAUGAUGCUGAGCGACUACGCCAGCCUGAGUGAGUACCAGCAUCGCGUCAUCAACAUCUAUGUUUACCCUCUGGCCCACUGGCUGGCCUUCUGCAACAGCAGCGUCAACCCAAUUAUCUAUGGGUUCUUCAACGAGAACUUCCGCAGAGGCUUCCAGAUCGUCUUCAAGCUGCAGUUUUGUUCAGCCCAGCGAGGAAAGAGGAGGAGCUACUCGCACCGGGUACAAGGCAAUGCAGUCCUGCCCACAAACUUGCACUUGACCAAGGUGUCUGAGAUCGGAUCUGGAGCUUGUAGACCUGGGCUGGGUCUGCCUCAAGGAAUUAAUAUAGUGGGAAAUGGGAAAAGCCUGGGUGAGAGCAGCCAGUCUUCAGAGCAUGAGAACGUGAAAAAACAGGAUCUGAUUAUGGAGGAUCUGGAAAAGGUCAUCUAUGACCUUUAGGAUGGCACCACGAUAUCAAUGGAAUAAAAAAAAAAGAUUUCUUUCCUUUUUUUGAAUCAUCUGUGAUUGUGGAGUUGGUCAACACUGGAGUUAUAUCAUACCAUCAUACACACUGUGGACUUUUCGAAACCCAUGGUCUUCUGGAAGAGUUUUAACUUGAAGGCACCCAGGACAGACAGGACAGACAAAGAGUCUGCGAACAAUGGACACUGAACUCUCUGCCGUUUAAACCAAGAUUAAUGCUGGAUCAAAAAACGAGAGAAUUACGGAAGCAGGUCUCACCGACUGGCAAAGCAUGCCUCCUUUCAUAAGCAUGAGCUGCUGUUUUAUCUUCUAUAUCUGAGACUUGAGAAGAUCAUCUUAAGGAGCAGAUGAAAUACCAAGUAAAUGUUAAGGCCACUGUACACAGAGACACGUUCAUUGAUGUCAUGAAUGAACUUUAUCUUUCACAGCCUGGAGUGCCUGAAUGAAGAGAAUAAAAGGCAUGCUCUCAUUGACUCAUGCAGAACAUACUAGAGUUCUGUAUAAAACUUUUACUGGUGGUGAUAAAAUUACCCUAAUCUGGUUUGGAAAUAUUUUAGUAUUAUAAAACACUGGCACUAAAAAUAAGUCAGGCCAAAUUAAAAUGAUACAGUAACUGAUUACA